GCCCGUCUCAGGCUCUCCUGCCCUUGUCCCCAGCGGCACCCCUGUGCCUCGCCGCUCGCAGGGGCGGGAGUGGGCGGGGCCGCCCAGCUCUCUCUCCCCGCGCUGCCGGAGAGAGGCCGGGCCAUGGCGACAGCGGCCGUGUGUCCUGUGGGCGGCGGGAGCCUGCAGCGUCCCCGCCUCCUGUCCCGGGCUGUGCCUGCCCCCGACUUUUCUCCGUGCUCCGGGUAAGGGGCUGCUGUUUCCCCGAGGGCAGUGAGUUCCUCCCCGCGGGGUACGCAGUUUCAGCCCUUUUCAUGAAAAGAAUCUGCCUUGAAAUAGCUUCUCACCCCAUCGUCGUCCUCCGGGGUAGGAGUGGAGGCAAGCCUCACAGAUCCCUCUGUGUAGAAGUCAUGGUGCAGGCUGUGCAAGAGCCAGAGAUGGGUCUAGCUAUGACUUUUGCCCAGCCAGCAUGGGUAACUGCAAAGAAGCUUGUGCCAAGAACAUUCUUGGCACGCCUCUGGCUGUGACCUGGAGGCACCUAGUGCUCACUGGAUGGAAUACCUUCAUGACUGUGGAAUCAAGAGUGAUCUGCUUGGCAGAGCAUCUGAAGCAGCCAUCUACACUGUCCCACUGGCGUGGUGAAGCGUGUCUAGCUAUGGUGAAGCUUGGAUCUGCGUCAUGGCCCAUGAUAUUUCUGUCCGCAAGAACCUGGUUCCAGUUUCUGUGAAUCCAGACCCUGAGGAGCAGGGAAGUAUGGACCUUGUGGAAGGAUCGCUGGAUAGAAAACUGCAGAGGCCUCUCCUGGGAAAGUCAAGGACCCUUCCCAGCAUUCCUCAGUCCCCUGUCCUCAGCAGGGUUCCUCUUUUGGAUUCAAAAUUGUAUAGGGAGGAGAUGCCAGAGCAGAAGCAGUACAAGAACCACUCUGCCUCAGACUGUCAGAAAGGGUGCACAGUGCCCUCUGCUGGGGAGGCCUGGCAGCUGGAAGACGAUUGUGUGGAGCCUCCCGGGGAUACCGCUCCCCAGACCCAGCUCUGCACUGCCAUGGACGAGGCCCCAUUCAGGCACUUCCAGACGCACUCCUUCUACAUGAGGAAAAGCCUGUCUAUGGACAACCACCUGAGCUCCCUCAGUUACUCUCUCCACCCGUCAGAGACGAAGGCUGAUCGCGUCAAAACCAAGCUCAGGAGGCAGUUUAGCCUUGGGUCAGCGGACAAGAAGGACUUUUUCCAACCAAAGUCGGAGAGCAGCCUCUCUAAGUUUGCCCACCGCUUGUCAGUUAAGCAGAAGCAGGAGAAGAGGAGGAAAGCUGAGUAUGCCUCAGCUGAGCUGCCUGCAUUCCGUCCCAGGUCUCUGAGCAUUGAAUGGUCUUCCUUGCCUAAGAUGACACAGCAGAUGCGGGACAUUCAGCUGGCCCAGGCCAGGAAGCCACCAGGACCCUCCUCCCCGAAUGCCGCCAAGAGGCUUUACCGCAACCUCUCGGGGAAGUUCCGUGUUAACUACCCUUCAUUUGAUGAGGGCAGCUUGCCAGGGAGGAGUGAGAAGGAGAAGCUACGCAAGACCUAUCUUUUUCAGAGCAAUGCGGCUCUCUUUGAAGCUGUUGAGCUGCAGGAUCUGGACAGAGUGCAGGAGCUGCUAAAACAGUACAGCCCAGAGGAGCUGGACCUUAACACCCCAAACAGCGAGGGGCUGCUGCCGCUGGAUAUCGCCAUCAUGACCAACAAUGCCCCCAUUGCCAGGAUGCUGCUGCAGGCCGGAGCCAAGGAGAGUCCACACUUCAUGAGCCUAGAGAGCCGCACCUUACAUCUGACGACGCUGGUGCGGGAGGCAGAGCAGCGAGUCAACGAGUUCACCGCACAGGUGGCGAAUGAGACGGCCAACACUGACUGCUCAGAGAAGGAGAAGCAGCUGAAGUCCUGGGAGUGGCGCUACCGGCUUUACAAGCGCAUGAAAGCUGGUUUUGAGCAUGCCUGUGCGCCGGACCCACCCGCUAAUGUGCACCUGUCUGUGGCCAGCAGCAGUUCUGUGCAGGUUACCUUCGGGGAGCCCCUAAGUAUCAACUCAGCUGUUGUCACCAAAUACAAAGUUGAGUGGAGCUGUUCCCCAACCUUCUCCCCUCCCCUCGGGGAGGUGGUGAUCGACAAACUAAAGAACCUGCACUUCACCAUCCAGGGGCUCAUGUCGGGCACGGCCUACUAUGUCCAGGUGUCGGCCUACAACAUGAAGGGCUGGGGACCCCCGCAAGCCUCAGUGCCACCCUUUGCUAUCCCCUCCAACUGGCGGGAAUAUGAUGGGAGAGCACCAAGGCAAAGGGGACAAGCCGAAGCCUUAGAUCACCUUCUCAGCCAGGUGAAGACUGUGCAUCAGCAUUGUGUCUGCCAUGAGUCCUGCAAGAACCAGCCCCAGAGCAGGAAGCACUCGGUCUCCAAAAGCCUGAAGCACCUUUUCCACCCUGGCAGCAAGUUCUUAAAGAGUCUGAAAAGGGGCCUGUAUCUCACCUCCAUCUUCUACAAAGACGACAACAUCCUGGUGACACAUGAGGAUCAGAUCCCUGUGGUGGAGAUAGAUGACACCUACUCCUGCCUACUCAUGCAGGACUUCCUCUGGUUCACCAAGGUUGCCUGCAUGUGGGAUGAGAUCUUGUGGCUACGUCAGUGUCUCACCGUCUCCCAGUCAUCCUGCUCCUGCAUCCUGCAGACGCGCUUCAAGAUGCUGCUGGCCAUCUCACAAAUGCAGGGACUGCUAGGAAUCCAGGACUUGGGACAGGUCUUCUUUGAGCCAAUCAAAGACAAGCAGGGCAACAUCUUGAUAGUGACACUGAAGGAAGUGAAAACCAACCAGACUUUUGAGAGCGUCCGCUGGAUCCCCCUUUCCAAGCUGCAGACAAGCCGCAAGUCCGUCUCCUCUCCAGAAGAGCCCACCUCUCUGGAUAUGCUGCUGAUGACAAUGCAGGACAAGCUGGCUUACCACCAGAGAAGCAGCCAAGCCCUCGCCCCAGGCCUCUACCUGGCCUAUCUGAAGCUCUGCAGUGCAGUAGACCAGAUCCGAGUGCUGGUGCCUGAACAGUUACCCAAUAUCCUUUGCCAUGUGAAAAUACGGACCAAUCCCAACAUCUCCAGGGAGGAGUGGGAGUGGCUACAGAACCUGGCCAAUUUGGAGGAACCAAGUCCCACUGAGCCAGAGUCUGAGACUUCCCAGAACCCCUGGUAUCAGGAGCUCCAAGGGGCCAUUAAGGAGCUGGUGAACCUGGUCAACAUCCCCCUGCGAGAGGCUAAAGAUUUCCGUCUGUACAGUCAGGAGGUGCUAGACUUCGGGGGACAAGUCUCCUUUCUCCUGCUGCUUCCUCCAUCUGAUGACGUCUGCACUGCCCCAGGCCAGAAUAGCCCCUACACCCCUCGCUCUGGCUUUCUCACGCUGCCUCUCCAGAUCUUUGAGCUAGUUCACUUCUUCACGUAUGACCGAGAGUUCAUCAGCCAGUAUUGCCAGGUGUCUGCGCUCCUGGAGCUGGAGUCUCUCCUUUCCCAGCAGAGCCUCAGGGAAGCCUUCUCAGAUGCUGAGCUCUCCACAGCUAAGCAGAGGCACCAGCAGGUUCAGGACUACAUACAGCAAAUGGAGGAGAUCUGGCGUGAGAUGCGCUGGAUGAUGGAUGCCUUGCAGCAUGCCCGGUACAAGCAGCCGUCUUGUGGUGUACCUCUCACCUGGUUCCUCAAUGAAUCCAGUGGUGGAAUGAAAGAGAAAACACAGUCCACGUCAUCGCAUCUGGACUACCUCCCCUCACCCACCCCAUCUCCAGAAACAAGCCGCAAGCUCAACUCUGCAGAUUCCCACGGGAUCUCGGAUGAGGAGGGCUCGUCGGAGGUGUUCCUGGCUACAGACAGCGACUAUGAUUCCAGCAGGGCCCAAAGCCCCAAGGAGCUGGACCUGGUUUACUCCUUGGGGCCUGAGUGCUGUGGCAGAAAAAUUGCCCGAACCUUGAGGGACAGUGCCCCUGAUGUCCUGCAGAGCCAUGAACUCAAAGCCCCACCGCUGCUCCCAGAAGAACCCCGGCCACCCCCAGAGCUGUAUGACAGUGACUUUGUCCUCCCCAGCCGGCAGAUUGAGCUCCUCCGCAUCACAGAGAAGCGUCAGGCCUACUGCGUCCGCACAAGCAGCUUGGAUUUCCCCAAGCCCCUCUUCCAGGUGGCCAGGAAGUCCUGUCCUGGCUCCGUCGAUAGCUCCCCGACAGAAACCAGGACGACGGGCCAGUGCAGCUUGCUCAGGCUGGACACUGGCUCAGCUUUCAGCCCCGAGCACAGCCAGGCUGUUGAAAGCUCUGAGCCUGUCUUCCGGACACGUUCAGUGGAGUGGACUCGCACCUUCCAGGAGCCACCAGAGCUGGGAUACAUAGCGAACCGAGGGAAGAAGCCAGGCUCAGCCACCUUACGGGUCUGUCCUCAGUAUGAAACCGGACUGUCCAACGAGACCAGCGUUAAGCUGCACGUCACCACCAAGAUGUCAGCAGAAGAGGUGGUGAAGCUGGUGGUGCUGGAGAUGAAUGAGGUCUCCCGGAAUGUGCUGGGCAACGUGGAUGCCUUCUGCUACAGCGAGGAUCAGCUGGAUCACUUUGGACUAGUGUUCGUGUCAGACGACACCGAGCAGUGGCUGCCCGACGACUUCUUACCCCUCUCUCUCCACAACGCCUGGCCUGAGGGGCGGUUCUAUGUCCGAAUCAAAGAGACAUCCCCUCUUUUGUUCCAGUAUGGGCCAGCAACCACAGUAUGAAAGGAGGGGAGUGGACAGGGUAAACUAGAGGAACCUCAACUUCCACUGAGCAAACAGCUCGUCUCCAAUGCUUCCUUCCUACUCAGACACCCUCUCAUCAGACAUCCCCAGGGUGGAAUAGGAUCACACUAGGCUGUGUAUUACUUGUUUGUGGUUUUUUUUUUUUAACCAAAGACACAUCAAGACUUGGUUUUUAUGACUGCAAGAGAUGAGGUGGAGCACAGAAGACCUCACAGCUUUGGGGGGAGCAGUAGCUGGAAUAGGAUUUUUGAAAGUCAAUAUUUUGUGAGGAGGGAGGAAGAGUUAGUAGAAAAAAAUCACAAAGAAGCAGCAGCAACAAUACAUAAUUCUCCCCCUCCCUCGUACAAUCUAAAUUUGGGAUUUACUGAAGGAUAAGCCAGAGAUUUCCAGGCGGUGUGGGGAGUGUGGAUGGGAGAAGGAGGCAACUUGAAAAGAUGUUGCAGAGAAGAUUGUUUUGUUAACUGUCCUUGUUUCUAUACCAGGAGAAACACUUUAUUGCACACAGUUCUUGGAACAAAAUGAUUUUUUCUCCUUUAAAAAAAAAGUGCAAGAAACACUGGAGCUGUGUGAAAGCCGGACAUCCUUUUUACUUCUUUUAAAGGCAAAAGGAAACCGCACACAUGCGUGCACACAUACUGACACUCACUGAUGUUGCCAAUAUAGGUUUGCUACAGAGCAUUUCCCACAAUGCAUUUAGCACUUCUGUUAGGUUUUGUUUCUUUUGGUUACCGUUUUAUUCUGGUGAUUGUGAUUGGCCUCUCUUAUAUGUCCAAUAGCAUGAUGUUUUGUUAGCGACUAGGUCUCUUGUUAACUAAGGUUGUUUUUUGAACUCCUGUGGUCCAUAGUAAAGAUGGCUGUGUUGCUGAGAAUGUAUCACAUUUUUCCUUCUUGUGGCCUGAUGCAUAUGCACAUUUUCAUAGCCUAUGUUACUAGAAUGAGGUUCUGAAUUUAAACUCUGGACUUCCCACAGCCUGCAGACUGUUUAAAAGGACACUGUCAACUUAGGUAAGGCCUACAUUAUGUGCGUGUGUGUCUGUAGGAACAAAAUAUGAAUAGAAAUGUUUGGGUUUUUGUUGUUCUGUAAUUCAAUGGAAGGAGGUUUGGCAUGGGAAUUAAACCAUUGUCUGAACCAUUGGAAACCCACAAACAAGAGCAUUGUGGUAGGGCUGGAGGAUCAGAGAAGGAAAACAACUGUAAACUUACAGUGAAACUGAUUCAUCUAGUUUCAAGGCCCAAGCUGAGUGACAGCAACAGGAAAACAGAACUUAAAGGGUGAACAAUAAGUUAGAUGUUAAAACUAUUUGUUUGCAGUAAUCAAAGGUGUAAUUAGUAACAGGCUAAGAUUAAUAUUAUUUCUAUGUUGACAGUGCCCCUCUCUUCCCCUCUCUAUUUUCCCGCAGUUUAGGCCCAGAUUCUGUAAUGCUCCAUUGGACUCCAUGCAGACACAGGCAUCACCCCACAUUUCGGAAUUGGUACCUUAAUGGUUAUACAUGCUGCCGUUCUGAGGGCUAGCUGCUGCCAUCUCUGUUUAAAUGUUCUUUCGAAUAGCUUUUUUGGGUAAAGUCAACAGUACUUCAUACAGGAAGAUGAGAAGUACAUUGCAAUGCAAGCCCUUCACCACCAAACAUCACAGUCAUGUUCCAAGGUGAAGGGUUGGCUCAGAUCCUCAGCUGGUGUAAAUAGAUGGAGCUCCACUGUAGUCAGCCAAGAAGCCAUCCCAGAGACAUUGAUGGUAUUUUAAAGACAAUCUACAAAUGAAAAUAAAAAAAGGCAUAUGCCCGUUUUCAUUUUCCUUUGCAGACAACUUUCAGCAGGUUAAAACUGGUCCCAGUUUUCCAGCCCGAAGAAGGAGUAGGAUUAUUAAUCUCAGAGUUUUUCUUUGAGUAGAGUCCCUUAUGGGUGCUCCACUUCAGGUGUGUAUGUGCCCCAUGCUCCUUUGAUCACAGAUUUUUGGUAGCAGUGCCCAUUGGAUCCAUGCAUGAAACUGCACCUCUUCAUGCCCCAUACUGAGGAUAUAUAGGGCUGCGCAGGCAAAUCACCUUCGGUUUCUUCUCAUGUGUGAAGUCCUGCAGAGGGAACUCCAAACCAAAGGAGUAGCUCAUGGAGAAUCCACAGGGACAAAUGUCUCGAAGAAUUCUAGUUACUGCUGAAGGUGUUUUUCCAUACCUAACAGUUUGUCCAUACCUAAGUAUCUACUGAAAAUGUCCUCUGAAUUUUACAUCAGCCAAGUCCUCCAUCUUCCAUUGUUUUUCCUGAAACCCCAUCAAACAGAACCAAGUCUUUUAAAAAGUCUCCCAGGCUGUUCAUCAAAAUUGCUGACAGGUCCAAAAUCUACACCCAGAGACUCUCUAGGGGGAUUUCUGGACGUGUUAUUUCUUGUUAUGAAUCUGCCAAUACACAACCUUGUCCUAAAGUGCCAGUCCAUUGCACAAACUUGAUAUCUAUCUCUAUGGCAUUAUUUAAAUGUGCCCCAUGCUGAGAUCUGCACUGUCAAUAUGUACCUCUUCCAAACCCUGUGUGGUGGGUCAUUCUUCUAGAUCAGAUGCUGCCCUUGGGAAUGGAGUCAUGUCUUCAGUACUGGACUCCGCUCCAGUUCUCCCUCCUCCUGAUGAGGGUACUGCUGGGAAGUCACCUGCAGUGGAGCUCCCAUAGGGACGCUACUCAAAGAAGGAGGAGGGGUUAUUCACGCUAUGCAGUAACUGGAGUUCUUUGAGAUGUGGGAGCUCCACUGCCCAUCCUCUGCUUCAGAGUUUGCUCUGCGGGACUUGGCAGAUGAGAAGGAAUUGAGGGCGGUUCUUCCGUGGAGCCCUAUAUACCCUCGUGCAGCCCUAUAUACCCUUGCUGCUGGGCAUGAGGAUGUGUAGGGCAUGGGGUGAACAGGCACUGCUACCAAAACUUUGAUCAAAGCCACAUGGGGCGCACCUGGAGUGAAGCCCCCGAGAGGACAUCCAUCUCAAAGAGCUCCAGCUACUGCACAAGCAGAGUGACCUCUCCAUGUCACGUUACUAUCAGAUAAUCCUGGUCAAAUAAACACAUUGCAGCUCCGUUUCAGAAAGCAGUGGCCACUUUGCAGAGUAGCACUUGGAACACUGGGAGUGCUUUCCCUAUCCAGAGUCCAUCACGUCCACUAUCCAGUGAUCCUCAGAGCCCUGAGAGGCAGGCGAAGAAGUGAGGAACAGAGCUGUUAAGUGUCGUUCCCACAGUCACAGAGGAAGUGAGUGUCAAAGCAGGGAUUAUAACUUGGGGCAUUCAUGAAUCCCAGGUCUGUGCUUUGACCAUUUGUCCCUGCUACCUUCUUAUUUUACAUUAGAAAAAACCCUCUCUCUGAUUGUGUAGUUGUGCAGAAAAACAUUCUGCUGUGAAAGUCUAACCAGGUCUAGGCAAUACCUGCCUUCCAGGGGCUGCUGGGAGCAUUAACUUGUGGACAUUUGCAGAGUGCUGCGGAUUCUGCAAUUGGGAGAAGGAGGAGGAUGGUUUUCAUAAAUGCUUUAAACUGGUUA